AUGAAGAAAGAACCAACCCAUCUUCAUCUCAAUCCUCUGUACCUUCCAUGUCUCUUGAUCUCCCUUCUUUCACUACUCCGUCCGAUCACCGGAGACGGAAGAGCUCGAGCCGUUCAAGUCACAUGUUCACCACUUCUCGAGCACAACGCAACCGUCUACGUCCCCAAUUUCGUAGCCACGAUGGAGAAAAUCAGCCAACAGGUCCAAACAACCGGUUUCGGAGUCGCUCUAACCGGUACAGGACCAGACGCUAACUACGGUUUAGCACAGUGCUACGGAGACCUCACUCUAAACGACUGCGUCCUCUGCUACGCGGAAGCGAGAACGAUCCUCCCACAGUGUUACCCUCAGAACGGAGGCCGAAUCUUUCUCGACGGAUGUUUCAUGAGAGCUGAGAACUACAGUUUCUACAACGAAUUCAAAGGACCUGAAGACAACGUCGUCUGUGGGAACACGACGAGGAAAAAGGAUUCGACUUUCGGCGAUUCCGUGAGAAGAGCGGUGAAGAACGCGGUCGGUGAAGCUCCUGGAAACGGCGGGUACGCUCGCGCGUCUGCAAACGCUGGAGAGUCCGAGUCUUCCGCGUUUGCGUUGGCGAAUUGCUGGAGGAAUCUGAGUCCUGAGUCUUGUAAAGAGUGUUUGGAGAAUGCUUCUGCGACUAUGGUUAAAGAGUGUUUGCCUUGGUCUGAAGGGCGUGCGCUUCACACUGGUUGUUUCCUUAGGUACUCUGAUCAAGAUUUCUUGAAUCAGAUUCCAAGAAACGGAAGAUCCAAAGGCUCUGUAGUAGUGAUUGUGGUCUCAGUUCUUAGCUCUGUGGUUGUGUUUAUGGUUGGAAUAGCGAUAGGUGUUUAUAUCUGCAAACACAGAACCAUACAGAAGAAGAGAAGAGGAUCAGUCGAUGUGGAAAAAAUGGCGAAAACUCUAACAGACAGUAGCUUGAACUUCAAGUACUCAACGUUGGAGAAAGCAACAGGUUCGUUUGACAAUGCAAACAAGCUUGGACAAGGUGGAUUUGGUACUGUCUAUAAGGGUGUUCUUUCGGAUGGAAGAGACAUCGCUGUGAAGAGGUUGUUCUUCAACAACAGACACAGAGCAACAGAUUUCUACAAUGAAGUCAACAUUAUCAGCUCUGUUGAACAUAAGAACCUUGUCAGGCUUCUUGGUUGCAGCUGCUCAGGACCAGAGAGCCUCCUCGUCUAUGAAUACCUUCAGAACAAGAGCCUUGACCGAUUCAUCUUUGAUGCGAACAGAGGCAAAACUUUAAACUGGCAGAGAAGGUUCUUGAUCAUCGUUGGAACCGCUGAAGGAUUGGUGUAUUUGCACGAGCAGUCUACUGUAAAGAUCAUUCACAGAGACAUCAAAGCGAGUAACAUUCUGUUAGAUUCAAAGCUUCAAGCUAAGAUUGCCGACUUUGGUCUGGCUAGAUCGUUUCAAGAUGAUAAGAGCCAUAUCAGCACUGCCAUUGCAGGGACCUUGGGUUAUAUGGCUCCAGAGUACUUAGCUCAUGGUCAGCUAACAGAGAAAGUAGAUGUCUACAGCUUUGGAGUUCUUGUUCUUGAGAUUGUCACUGGAAAACAGAACACCAAAAGCAAAAUGUCAGAUUACUCAGAUAGUUUGAUUACUGAGGCAUGGAAGCAUUUUCAGUCAGGAGAGUUGGAGGAAAUAUAUGAUCCAAACAUGAACUGGAAGAAUCAAGAUGAUAGUGUCAUCAUCAAGAACGAGAUAUUGCGAGUUGUUCAGAUAGGUCUCUUGUGCACUCAAGAAAUCGCGUCGCUGAGACCAUCCAUGUCAAAGGUGUUGCAUAUGCUGAAGAACAAAGAGGAAACUUUGCCGUUGCCAAGUAAUCCUCCGUUUAUGGAUGAGAGAGUUAUGGAGUUUAGGGAUACUUCUGAUGGAGAUUCAGCUGCUUGUGCUUCUCUUGCCACUGUCUCGCAAAGUUCCUUUUACGGUAGAUAA